AUGGCAGUAUCACCUCUCAUCUCACAAACGCCUUCUGGUGCGUCGGCCUCAACAUCUACGGCUUCCAAGGCUAAAAGUCUUGCUGUCAGAAGUGGGAGUCAGGGAGCUCCGGCAUCUCCUUUCAACAAUGCAACCGUAGCUACCGGGCUGUCUGAUCAAAUAAACGAAAAUGUGAGGCGGAGAUACGUCAAGGAUAAAAAGCUCGGUGAGGGUACUUAUGCCGUGGUUUACCUUGGAUACUUACGCGAAACGCCUUCAUCCCUUGUUGCCAUCAAGAAGAUCAAAGUCAACGCAGAGUAUCGAGAUGGGCUCUCAAUGGACGCCAUCCGGGAAAUCAAAUAUCUACAAGAAUUGUCUCAUCCCAACAUCAUCGCUCUUCACGAUGUCUUUUCCUCCAAGGACCAAAAUCUCAAUCUCGUGCUCGAAUACUUGCCCCUGGGCGAUCUUGAAAUGCUGAUCAAAGAUGGCAAUAUCCAAUACGGUGUGGCAGAUGUCAAAGCUUGGAUGGGCAUGCUUACAAGGGGUGUCUGGUUCUGCCACGAAAAUUUCGUCCUUCAUCGUGAUAUCAAACCGAACAACUUGCUGAUUGCGUCAGAUGGCGAAGUGAAGCUUGCUGAUUUCGGUUUGGCCCGAUCAUUUGCUGAUCCGUACUUGAAUAUGACGCACCAAGUCAUCACUCGCUGGUAUAGGCCCCCCGAGCUGUUGUUUGGUGCCCGGCAGUACUCUGCUGUAGUAGACAUAUGGUCGAUGGGCAUGGUCUUCGCAGAGCUACUUCUUCGUGUGCCCUUUGUGGCUGGAAACAGUGACAUGGACCAAAUCGCCAAGAUCAGUGAGGCAUUCGGAACUCCGACGGAGGAGAAUUGGCCUGGUGUCACCAGAUUGCCCAAUUACAUACCGCCUGGAGAUCGAACUACUCCUUUACAAGGGAGGGAAUUUUUCUUACGUCAGUUCCCUACGGCUGGGCCUCUCGGUGCUGAUCUCUUGAUGUCGAUGACCACUCUUGAUCCUCGUAAGCGGAGUUCGGCACGUCAGAUCUUGCAGCAUGCUUGGUGGAGAAAUGAGCCCAGACCGACUCCUAAGGAGUCUCUUCCACGGAAGUCAGGAGGGUCGCAAAAGAUGGGUAGUGAUCUCUCACGGCGAGCUGGGGAAGAUUCCGAGGGUCGGUUCAAAAAUGCAGCUCGACAGCUUGAUUUUGGAGUCAAAUGA